AUGUCGCAGACCAUCGAGCUUGCCCAGACGGGCAAGCGUGAUUUUCUGAUUGAUCUGGAGAAAAAGUACCAGGCGCAAUGGACAGAAGAGCGCGUUUUUGAGGUCGAGGCGCCGACGCGCCAGGAGCUCGCUGGUCUCUCGCCUACCGAAAUCCGCGAUAAGUUCCCUAAAUGGUUCGGCAACUUCCCGUUCCCGUACAUGAACGGCUCUCUGCAUCUGGGACACGCCUUUACUAUUUCCAAAAUCGAGUUCGCGGCUGGCUAUAACCGCAUGCUCGGCAAGCGCGUUCUGUUCCCUCAUGGAUUCCAUGCUACCGGCAUGCCCAUCAAAGCUAGCUCUGACAAGAUCAUUCGCGAGAUGGAGAUGUUCGGUGAGAACUUUGAGCGUUUCGCGCCGCCAGCAGCAGAAGAGCCAACGGACGGUCCCGUUCUGGAUGCCAGCGACCCUACGGCUACGCGUCAGGACAAAGCGAAGAAGGGAAAACUGGCUGCCAAGUCCACUGGUCACACAUACCAGUUCCAAAUCCUCGAAUCUAUUGGUGUACCCCGCGAGGAUAUCAAGAAGUUCGCGGACCCGUACUACUGGCUGGAGUACUUCCCUCCUAUUGCGGUCAGUGACAACAACGCGUUCGGUUGCCGCAUUGAUUGGCGCCGCUCCUUCCUGACGACCGACAUCAACCCGUACUUCGACUCUUUCGUGCGCUGGCAAACCAACAAGCUUCACGGCCUCGGUAAGAUCAAGUUCGGCGAGCGUUACACUAUCUACUCGCCGAAGGAUGGCCAACCCUGCAUGGACCACGAUCGUGCGGAGGGAGAGGCUAUCGGCCCGCAGGAGUACACCGGUAUCAAGAUGAAGGUCGUCGAGUGGAGUGAUGCCGCGAAGGCCGAGAUCGUGCACAAGGUUGGAGACCGCCAGGUAUACCUCGUUGCUGCGACUCUCCGCCCGGAGACGAUGUAUGGCCAGACCAACUGCUUCGUCGGUACGCAGAUCAAGUACGGUGUCUUCGCAGCGAACGACAAAGAGGCGUACGUCUGCACUAUGCGCGCAGCACGCAACAUGGCUUUCCAGGGUAUCUUCUCCGUCCGCGGACAGAUCAACCAGCUCACCGAGAUCGACGGAUCAAAGAUUGUUGGCACCAAGAUCAGCGCACCGUUCUCCAUCAACCCCGAGGUGUACGUCCUGCCCAUGGAGAACGUGCUCGCGACCAAGGGUACCGGCGUUGUUACAUCUGUACCAUCCGACUCGCCCGAUGACUACGCGACGCUCAUGGACCUCCGCAAGAAGGCCGAGUUCUACAAGAUCGACCCAAAAUGGGCAUCCCUCGACCCUGUCCCCGUCAUCUCCACGCCUACCUACGGCGAUAUGAUCGCAGCUGAGCUCGUCAAGAAGCUGAAGAUCAACUCGCAGAAGGACAAGACCCAGCUGGCAGAGGCGAAGGAGAUUGCGUACAAGGAGGGCUUCUACUCGGGCACGAUGAUCGUUGGCGAGUUCAAGGGCGAGAGCGUGCAGGAGGCGAAGGUCAAGGUUCGCAACAGCAUGAUCGCGAAGGGCGUCGCGUUCGCAUAUGCGGAGCCUGAGGGCUUGGUCGUGUCGAGGAGUGCGGACGAGUGUGUUGUGGCGCUCAUGGAGCAAUGGUACAUGGACUACGGAGAGGCGUCGUGGAGGGCGGAGGCUGAGCGCUCGUUGGCGAGGAUGAACACUUGGACACAUGAGACUCGUGCUGCGUUUGAGGGUACCCUUGCAUGGCUGAACCAGUGGGCCUGCGCGCGCACGUACGGUCUCGGCUCCAAGCUGCCAUGGGAUCCUCAAUUCCUUGUCGAGUCUCUGAGCGAUUCCACUAUCUACCCCGCCUACUACACCGUCUCCCAUAUGCUGCACCGCUCCAUCGACGGCAAGGUCCGCGGACCGCUCAACGUUGAGCCCGAGCAGCUCACGGACGCAGUCUGGGAAUACAUCUUCCUCGGCGGCGAGUACCCCGCCGAUGCUCCUCUGCCCAAGGACAAGGCCGACGAGAUGCGCCACUCCUUCGAGUACUUCUACCCCUUCGACAUCCGCUCGUCCGGCAAAGAUCUCAUCAACAACCAUUUGACGUUCCUCAUCUACAACCACUGCGCCAUCUGGCCGGAGGACAAGUGGCCAUUGAGCAUCCGCACGAACGGUCACUUGAUGUUGAACGGGAAGAAGAUGUCGAAGAGUACCGGCAACUCGUUGACUAUGCGUCAGGGCGUGGAGAAGUUCGGCACGGAUGCCACGCGUUUGGCGCUUGCGGAUGCCGGAGAUGGCGUCGAUGAUGCGAACUUUGAUGAGAAGAGCGCGAAUGCGAACAUUUUGCGAGUGCAUACGCUCAUCGGCUGGUGCGAGGAAUCUAUCAAGGGCAAGGCGAACUUGCGGAACGGCGAGCUCAACUACCACGACAAGGUUUUCGAGAACGAGAUCAACAACUUGAUCAACCUCACAAAGACCGCAUACGACCUUACCAACUACAAGGACGCGAUGAAGUCCGGCUGGUACGAGAUGCAGAUUUCACGUGACUGGUACCGUGAAGUCACUCAAGAGGCUGGCGGCAUGCACGGUGACCUCGUCGAGUACUGGGUUCGUGCUGCGACGCUCCUCGUCACGCCUGUCGCGCCCCACUUCGCCGAACACAUCUGGCAGACGAUCCUCGGAGAGAAGACGACGAUCCAGCGCGCCCUCUUCCCAACGCCCAGCAAACCCGUCGACGUGCCCAUGCUCGACUCUGGCGUCUACAUGCGCAACAUGGUCAAGACGAUCCGUGACGCCGAGCUCGCUAUCCUCAAGCGCCUGAACAAGAAGGGCGGCAAGGACGCGCCGUACGACCCGAAGAAGCCGCGAUCUGUGAGGGUGUACGUCGCUACGCGCUUCCCGGAGUGGCAGGACGCGUGCAUUGCGGCUGUGAAGGAGGCGUGGUCGGAAGAACAUGGGAAGGUCGAUGAUGCGGAGGUCAGGAAGAACUUGACUGCGAAGGGGUUGAUCAAGGAGAAGCGUGCUAUGCCCUUCAUCCAGCUGUUCAAGAAACGGAUCGCAGAGGUCGGGAAGGAGACGGCGUUCAACCGUACGCUGCCAUUCUCGGAGACCGCGGUUCUCGGCGAGAUCCUGCCGUACCUAAAACGCUCAUUGAAUCUGGUUGACGCUGAUAUUCUCUCCGUUGAGGAUGCGCUGGCCAAGGCGGGAGAAGCUGGCUUCAAUAAGCAGAUCAUCGAGGGUGCAGAGCCUGGUUCGCCGGCGUUUGAGUUCAGGAAUGUGUAG